AAAACCCGCUUUUAUGGCGCCAACCGAUUUGAAAUUGACAGAACUGUUAAUGUCAGGUUAUGACGAACAGUAUAAACAAAAAUUAGUCUUUACCUCAGGUUGUAUCCGUUCAGACAUUGAAUGUUAUUAUUAUUAUUAUUAAAAAAGUAGUUUUAAAUUUCAACAAAAUGUUUAAACCAGGAGCAAUCAGGAAAAUACAAGUAAAAAAUUUCGUGACAUACUCACAAGCAGAGCUAAUACCGGGUCCAAAUUUAAAUAUGAUAAUCGGCCCUAAUGGCACCGGCAAAUCAACAAUGGUAGCAGCCAUUAUAUUAGGUUUGGGAGGGACUCCAAAAAUAGUUGGACGAGGAUCAAAGAUCUCUGAAUAUGUAAAACAUGACUGUGAAGAAGCCGAAAUAGACAUAUUAUUACAAGGUGACACUGACAAUAAAUUCAUUCAGGUCACAAGAAGGUUUAACACACACGAAAAAUCUGUCUGGCUUAUAAACAACAAAGUUGUAAAGUUGGGUGAUUUGUUGGACAGCAUAAAAAAAUUUAACAUACAAGUUAACAAUUUAUGUCAGUUUCUGCCGCAGGAUAGGGUGCAAGAUUUUGCCAAACUGAAUAAACAGCAGUUGCUCAAGGAAACGCAAAUCGCUUUGUGUCGACAAGACCUGUUAGAAAAUCAGGAAACACUUAUUGAAUGUAGGGAACAACAUAAAAAGAUGUUGGCUUCAAUUGAGAAAAAUGAGAAAGAAUUGAAGGAAUCUAAGGAGGCGAAUUCAAGGUUGGAAGGUCUUGUUAAAAAUUUUAACCAAAAAAAGGUUUAUUUAGAGAAAAUACAGCAUAUUGAAAGGAAGAUAGCUUGGAUUAUGUAUGACAACAUUAGGGUCAAGUUACAGGAGGCUAAGAAUGAUAAAGUGAAAGCUUCCCAAUUAUUUGAGACGUCCAAAGCAGGCAUUGAACCAAUUGAGAAACAAAUUACUGGACACAGGGAAAGCAUGCAAGACUACAAACAGAAAGCUUUAAAAAUUAGUAAAGUAAUGUCAGAGUUGAGGAAUUCAUUGAAAGAAAGCGGAAAUGUUAAUAAUAAAUUAACUGAUGCAGUCGCUAAAAUUGAAAGUGAUGCGCAAUCAAAGAUUGCCGAGUCACAAGAGAGGAAAAAGGAAAUUGAGCUGUCAAAGUCCAAGCUAAAUGAAUUAAGAGAGGCACAUCAAGGCAUCACAGUUCGAAUGGCGGAAAUGGAGCAACAGAAACGUACCUACACUGUAGAAGUUCAGAAACUUAUAACUGCUAAAGAUGUCAGAGAAAAUAAGCGUGAAGAAAUCGUACAGGCCCGAGAAAGUAAACUAGCAGAAAUGCAGGCACUUGACAACGAAAUACAGCGCUUAGAAGACGUCAAGCAAGAUCGUUUGAGGUAUCUUCAGAGGUUGGAUAAAGACGCCUACCAGGCAACAAUGUGGCUACGAAACAACAGGCAUAUAUUCAAGAGUGAAGUCUAUGAUCCAAUCAUGUUGGAAAUCAAUGUAUUGGAUCCAAAAAAUGCCAUAUAUUUGGAGAACGUAAUUCCUCUACGUGACAGGGUUGCCUUCACGUGUGUCGACAAAUCCGAUAUGAAUCUGCUGAUACAGCAGGUGCGGACUAAACAAAAUUUGAAGAUUAAUGUACUUCACUCGGAAAGUGGUGGGAACCUUACAAAUGAAUUUCAACCCAACGUGCCCAUUGAACAGUUGACCAAAUAUGGGUUGUAUUCUUACUUGUAUUCGAUGUUCACCGCACCAGACCCAAUUAUGAAAUAUUUAUGCAAAACUUAUAGAGUACAUAAUAUUCCCGUUGGCAAUGCCAAAACUAAUCAGUUAUAUGAGAAGAUACCGCCACAAAUAUCUAUGUUUUAUAGUGAUAAAUAUAAAUAUUCAAUUACCCAGUCCAAGUACAGUGGGGAAAAAAGUACUAGGCAAUUACAGGUCUACAGUGAUGGAGGUUUAUCAAUUUCUGUGGACGUGGUGAAACUAGAAAAAAUCAAAGGGCAAAGAAAAAAUUGCCAAAGUGACAUUGCGACUUUCGAUGAUGAUUUAAAGACUAUAAACUCUGAAUUAACAAAAUACAACGAAUGUAUAACGGUAAUUAAAGGCAAACUGAAGGAAGUAUCAAACUCAAAAUAUCAAGCAGACACGUUGCAAACCAGAAUCACGAGCCUUGAAGCUAAGAUAGCUGAAAAGGAGGAGGACACAAAAGACGCGAAUGAAAUUUUGGAAGAGUCAAAAGUCGCAAAAAAGAAAGUAAUACAAAAAUACCUAAGUUUAAUGGAUGCUGUAAACGACGAUUUAAAGAAGUUUACAUCACUGCAAACAAAGUGGAACCUUGCCAAUUUAGCAGCGGAUGACUUGGGCAAGAAAAUCGUAUUUUUGGAAAAUAGUGUGCGAGAUAAGAGACGCGUGCUUGAAGAACUAGGUCAAAUUCUUAACAAAACGAAAGACCACUAUUCCAGUGUGAUGUCUGAAGCCAAGACCAUACUCAAUAAAGCCAAAUCGUUGUCAAACGGUUUGACGCCCGAUGAUGAAGGAUUUAAGGAGUUUCAAGAGGAGUUCGAUAAACUUGAUGACGAUUUACCGAAACUCACCGAAAAGAAGCUGCAAAUAAAUUCCAAAAUAGCUUGCCUGAAUUCUGCUGACGACGGUGAAAUGGCUGAAUACGCCGAUCGGGAGAAACACAUUGAACAUCUUGAUGAGAUCAUUCAAAAACACAACUCCGAAUUAACCAAGAUCAAUAACCGGAUGAGUCGCAUCCGGGAUGAAUGGAUAACUCCCCUUAAUGAAUUAAUUGGAGAGAUAAAUUUACGAUUUUCUCAAGCGUUCGAACGAAUGGGGUGUGCUGGUGAAGUGUCUUUGUAUAAAGGAGAGAACGAAAUGAAUUUCUCGGACUACGGAAUCACGAUUAAAGUUACAUACAGAAAUAACGUACCACUUCAGGAGUUAAAUACAACGGUUCAAAGUGGAGGUGAACGUGCCGUGGCAACCGCCACUUUUAUGCUAAGUCUGCAAGAACUUACCCCAGUUCCGUUCCGUUGCGUGGAUGAAAUUAAUCAAGGAAUGGAUGCCAACAAUGAGAGGCGUAUUUUUGAACUGUUGGUAGACUCUACUGGGAGACCCAAUACCGCCCAGUAUUUUUUGAUCACUCCCAAGUUGGUGCCACAUUUGAAGUAUUCCAACACUUGUAUGGUCCAUACGGUACAUAAUGGACCGUUCAUUGAACGAGACAAAAAAUGGUCAUUUUCUACACUCUGUAACCCACAAGGAUUUCAGUGUGCUCCAGCGUGAAGCCACAACAGAAUAAUAUUUUUUUAAUAAAAAUAAACUUAUUAUAGGUUUUCAUAU